AUGCCUAAGUACAUAUAUGCUGAAAUAUCCUUAGUAUUUUUCCUGUGUCUCCACAAUGUGCAGAACGGCCAGACACACCAACCAACCCAGGAGGCCGUUUUCGUGACGGCUCUGUACGACAUUGGUCGGGAAAACUGGACACACUUCCAUCGAAGUUUCGAUGAAUACUUAUCUUAUUUCAGGAAAGUCCUGAGCUUGAAUGUAAAAAUGAUCAUCUAUUCCGACGAAUCAGUUCAAAAAGUUGUGUUGGAUGAAAGGAAAAAUCUACAUCACAGAACACAGUCAUACUCGCUACCAUUUACUAAUUUAGAAUACUACCGAUUCAGACAGCAUAUUGAACAUGUCCUUGUCUCUCCAGAAUUCCGAGAUUCCAACGAAAUGCUUAAUCAUCCAGAAGCGUUUUCCUCAAAAUAUUUAAUCGUGGUGAACAACAAAGUUUCUUUUUUGUCAGAUGCUGUAAGAAAAAAUCCUUUUAACAGUACACAUUUCUUUUGGAUUGAUGCCGGGCAUGGACACGGAGAUGACCUUACCAAAUGGAAGAACUUUCAGCCUACAGUUCUUUUAAGUAAACGCAACAAGAUCACCUUUAUUGAAUUGAACGAUCCAGCGUUAUAUAAAGAUAUCAAAGACCUUCAUAAAGUCCAAAUAGACCCUGUUUUAACUGGAGAGUUCUUUGGGGGUGACGCUGGAGCCAUUUUGAAAUAUGAAAAACUCUACAAGAAAACUUUUCGAAAACUCCUCACGGAAAACAUAGUGGAUGAUGAUCAAAGCGUGGCGUUUCAUUGUUAUAAAGAAAAUCCCAAUCUGUUUGAAAAUGUUUGUGGAUCCUGGUCUGAUGCCUUUAAAUUGUUUUCAUAA